AUGAAAUAAUACGCUCCAUUUCGUAUUACCGCGUCUAAUAUAUGAUGGAACGUAUGUUCAAAUACACACGCAAAAAACAUAAUUAAUACCGUCAUACGACAUGUUUGGAGUCUUCAUCGAGCUGGAGGAAGUUGUGGUGUUCAGAGGGAACUAUUUGACUGAUACCCCACGACGUCAUCCCAUUUCGUCAAAAACACAAUCCAUAGCACUCCUUUAUCUCGCCGUAUUCACGUGAAAUACAAUGCGAAUAUAUCGCGUGCAGCUAAAAAUACAGCGCUGUUAAUAUUUUCAUAUUAUGAGCAUUUUACUGUUCCCGUGAAAACGGGAAUUGUUUGACUGUUACACUUGGCCCUACACUGAAAUGUUUCCCCCUUCAUUCCACAAACCGGGCUACCCGUUUUCGUCGAGUGUUUUUUUUAACUAAAACAUUGGUGUUAAAAUUACGCGAUUGUGACAUUUUCCUUUGACCAUCGGAUACACGGAGACAAUCGGGGAAAGAUAACAGAAUGACAUCACCUUCUCCCCAUGACCGAAGCGCAAAGAAGACGACGACGGACGCCGAAGAAGCCGAAGACCCCGUGGAGCGAAUGAUCUCUCGAACGGGCUGCGGCGAGCUGCACGAAGCGCUGCAGGACUGCAUGGCCGAGCAUCAGGACUGGCGCGUGUGCCAGAGCCACGUGGGCGCCUUCAAAAAAUGCAUGAGCGACUACCACAAGGUGCGGCAGGAGCACUUGAGCCAGCGGCGGCGGAUGGCCAACAGCACUCCCACCUGACAACACCCGCCGGCGCCACCCGAGAAGGUGUCUUGAUUUGCCAAAGCGGAGCCUGGACCUCAGGAUUGCGGAAUCUGCAUCACAUCUGGAUUCACCAUGAGCUGUAU